ACACAAACAACCAUUUCGCUGUUCUGGCGCGGAACUCUAUUCUGUGGUUCUGGCCGCUUGUUUUGUUUACAAAACUGGCAAUGCUAAAAUGGACCCCAAAGUAGAAAACACUGCAAAUGAUGGGGCAAAGAUUGCUAUUAAGAAAACGCGACAUGCCUCAAGACCUGUUCUAUCACGUGUGCUGAUAAAUAUCAUGAUCGACUUUCUGCUUCAAGAGGACACUAGGCCAGUGCCGGAGGACACACCUGUGUGGACAGAGGCAUGGGGUGAACUUCUAAAGGAAGACACUGAAAUUAAAUCAUACGCGAGAGGCAUUUCUGUGAAACAUCGAUUUUUGAAAUGGAUGAAGAUGCUUGAUUUAAUUACAGGAGAAGACGAGGAGCCAAGGCUUUGUAUUGCAGGCUCAAAAAAGUUAUUGCCUUCCAAGGACGAGGUCCCGAGAAUUAUAAGAGAUGCUCACAGAAUGGUGGGGGAAUUCAAGGCCAGCGACCUACAAGAAAGAAGGGAAGAUAAUACUGAGGAAGCAAAGUUAUGUAAAAAAGAUAAGCAUAAUUCGGUGGAAAAAGUAAUAAAAUUGAUAAAAAGCAAAUAUGUAUUUGGAGGCAGAGAAUUUGGUAUUCGUAAGACUGCAGUAUAUAGGGAAAUCUUGAAAUGCCCAGAAUGCUAUGAAGAAGGGAAACUAAAAAUACCUGGAAAAGAUGUUAUUCAGGAGGCAGAAUUGAUUGACCCUGAUUUUGGAAAUGAAAUGAAUUAUAUAUCCUUGAAGAAUGCCCCUGUUUCAUUCACUCUCAAAGGACCCUCAAAGAACUCAGUCUGGUAUGAUCAAGCAGGACUGGCAAAGAAGCGAAGUGUGUAUAAGAAGCUGCUUGGCGUGAUUAAAGAAGUUGGCAUUGAGAUAGGGAAAUCAACAGAGAAUGAUGCUUUAUCAAAAGAGCGGCUUAUUACAAAAUUGUGUUGCGCUGAGAAACUAGUGAGUGAUAUGAAGGAAAAAGCUGUGGAUAUAUUUGCAUAUCGCAUACCAACCUCACAUUUCCUGUCUGAUUAUGCAAAAUUGAAGUAUGAAUACUUGUCUAAAGAUAACAUUUCCCUCUACCUGCAAGAUAUGAAUUUUCUCAUGAACACUUACAAAAGUUUCAAGAAUGGUGCAUUUCUCAGCUCUGUAAAUGCAACCUUUAAAGAGCUGGCAAGAAAUGACAGAAUGUCAUUAAAGAUUGUGCCAGUUGGUGAUGGAUUAGUUUUAGCAGGACAUUCGUACUUGUCUGAGAAAUUUAAUAACAAUACCUGUUCUGAAAGCUCUACAAGUACAGAAACAGGUCCAGAAGAUGCUGGACCCCCUGGAAAAAUUCCGAGAUUGGACUUGGAAAGCUGAAGAUGUAAGAAUAAGAUAAUAAGAAUCAUGACCUAGAGGCAAAAUUCAUUCUAAAGAGACAAUAAAAGGUAGUUUUACAUGACAACUUCACUGGUGCAUUAUGCAAAGUGUGCCUUCGAAAUGUUAAAUCAUUGCUUGAAUAUCUUUAAAGACAUCAGUUUUGCUCAUCAAAAUCCUUAAAAGAUUUUUUUGUAAACAUUCAUUUUGUAGUAUUUUGUCGAUAAUUUUUUGACAGUGAUAUUUGUUUCCAACAAAAUUUCAUAAUUUCAUUGCCAAUAGAAAUGCAGCCUGUGAAGAUUCUAU